CCAGCAGUGAUAGCCUUAGUUAUCGAAGCCGAAUUAUUUUUAAAACAAAAGCAAGCAACAAAUUUAUUGCCAUGGAGGAAGUUAUUCAUUCAGCCAAGUUACUUAUUCCCGAGUGUAAUCUAAGCGUGGCGGAUUUAUCGCAGCCCACGGAGGCCAUUGUUACACGCAUCCUAGUGCACUACUUGCGUGUCUUUGGAUUUCGCGUUGAGCCGCCAUACAACAUUGACAAUGAGAACGAAUCGAGUCGCGAGAAGCGUCUGUUCCUUAUGAAGCUAUGCCGGCAAGUGCAGAACACGCUGCAAAUACACUUCCCAAAGAAGACAUACACCUACAUCGACAUCAUCAAACCUAGUGUAAAGAAGACCAGGAACACUUUAGAUGUGCUGUUCAACUUUGGCUUGUUUUACAAGAUGAACAAACGCGAGAUACUACAGCCGAUUGAGAAGCGUCACAUGGAGCGGCAAGCAUACGUAAACGCUUUGACAGCCAAACGCCAAGAACUAGAGCAGCGUCAGCUACAGGCGACGGAUCUUAAGCUGGCCCAAGCUGAGUGUGAGGCGACUGUAAUCAAGUUGAGCGAGGAGCUACCAAAGGCACAAAGCGAGGCCAAUGAGCAAGCAAAAGUAUUGCAGCAAAAGCAGGCUGAAGAUUUGUCGCAAGAGAAGCAGAUGUCGGAGCUGCAAAAGCAACUAAGUCAGCUGGAUAAUUUGGUAGUGCCAGAUGGACAAGUAGAAGUAAUCAAGAAGCAAACAACAGAGCUGUUAGCCCAGAUGGAAAUCGCCAAGCAGGAAAUAGCACAUCAGCAGCAGAUAUUUAAGCAACGCCGCUUGGAAAUCGAACAGCAUCUGCAGCUGCGUGAGGAGACAGAUAAGCUCCUGCAGUUGAUGCCAGUCCAGCUGAUAGAGGAUUAUAAACAGCAUGUGAAGCAGCAGGAGCAAAUGGAGAAGCUUUCUGUGCCCGCAGGGGAACAACAAAAAGCUAUGCUUGCAGCUAAUGAGCAAAUUGAAAAGCAGUUGACUCUGUGCAAGGAAGAAUUGCAGCAGUGCAAGCUUAAAUAUGAACGAGAAACUCAGGAAACUCAGCAACACUUUGCCAAACCUGAGGGAGAGCUGAAGAAACAGGUCGCCGAUAUAGAGCGACUGGAGCAUCGGAAUAAACAAUUAGAACAUGAUAUUGUACAAGAAGAGGCUUUUCGCGAGGAGAUCCUGGAGAUUAUAGCCGACUGUGGACUUAAUAUAUAAAUUAAAAUAUUGUAAUGUAUAUUUAUUUCUUAAAA